CCCCACAUAGCGCGCUGUCUCAUGCACACGCACAGUAUACAGAAGCGCACAUUGCAUUGCGCUGGCGUACACAUUGUUAUUGUGUUAAUUGUGUACACUUGUGAGGACAGAGGACGCUCUGAAGAGUGUAAGGAAAAACUGCCCGAAUGUCAUGUACCGAUGGACAUCACUGGAUUUUUAAAGUGUAACCCGCACAUUAAGACAGACCAUAGAUAACCGCAGCUAUGUAAAUGUCUCGCGCGCUGAAUCGGAAUUGUCGCGCGGACAAACACAAGGAUCUCGUUUAUCGCGAAACAUGACGAUACAGCGGACGUACAGCUUAUAACGCUACAAAAGGCAAGACUGAAAAAAGCAAAGAGGAUGAGGAUACCAUCACCAGGCUCUCUUUGCUCAGCCCCAGAUGCCUCCGCUCCCUCUUGACGAGCGCAUAGUGGUUAUUCAGCGCCCCAAAAGUUUGGCCUUGCGCGUGGCCUCCCCACCAACCACUUCACAAUCUUCCUCACACCGCCCAGCCACUCACAACGAACCCCCACCCCGCUUACCACAACCCCAACCCCCACCACCCCGUUCCCAUCCAGGUUCCAACUACCUUUCUCUGGAAUGCAAGCGCAGGCAAUCAUCCCAUGUUCAGAGAGAUAAAGGAGAACGAGGUGCUCCCUUUGAGGGCAGCAGCCACAAUGCUAGCCAUUGUCACAGCAAUGGGACAGUAACUUUAGGUCCCAGACCUCACAAGCACACACAUACCAUUGACAUUAGAGUGUCUUUGGACAAAGGUGGAAGAGGAGGAUCUUACAUUGACAAAGGCCGCAGCAGCAGUCUUACCCGAAGUGGAAGCAUCAAAGGGAACAGAACUAAACGGGUGUCCCUACACUUAGAUCCAGGGCAAGGUGAAAGGAAAUGCAAAGGAAAGUCUUCCGAAUUAGUGGAGAAGCACCACCAGAACCAUCAUCAGAGUCAAAACCGGAAUCAGCACAGUAGCCAUCAUCCAAACCAACUCACAGUCUCUCCUGGAGGGAUCUUGGAAUUUGUACCAGCACAGAGACAGCAGUCCAAAUCCAAGUCAACAAGAGAGAGAGACCUGUCAUCAAAGUCUUGCUCUGCAACUGCCAGCCACACAUUGCUCAGUGAGAGGGACGUAUCAUCUGUAGGAAACAAAGAAAACUCCAAACUGGGACCCGGCCACCAACAGCCCCACGCCCACAGCCUAUCCCGUCACCAUAGUACAGCCCCAUUGCCCCAUGCUGCCAUCCUAAACCAACACUACCCUGCUGCACCACCCUCACUCCCUUCCCGAGCCCCUGCCUCCUAUCAGCACAUUAGUCAACCCCGUCCCUCACGCACCAGAGAUCAUCGGCCCCAAAUUCUUCACGCUCUGCCCCUCUCCCCUACUUCCUCCCAAGGAGGCUUUCCCAGUCCUGACCACACAUGUACAAUUGACUUUUCCCACCCUUGUGGCUGUUGGAGGUUGGUGCGUUGUAGAAGAGGUAGAGGUCACUCGACUGGCUGCCACGGGCGUGGUACAAGCCCAUCUUCUUCAUUUUCCCACGCCCCAGGAACAAGUGCUGCCAACGGAGGUGGCGGAACCAUGGGAUUGAAGACUUUAGGAGGAUGUCUGUCAACUGCUUCCACCACCAACACCUCCUCUUCCAACAGCACUGUCUCGGACUGUCGAACAGGGCUGCUCAGACCUUUGGGUUGUGCAUCCUGUUCUGGAGAAGCUGGAGGUUUUGAGAGCCCUGCUGCAUUCCGUAAGAAACUGGUUGGGGGUUGUUUACCCUGCACUCCCCUGUCCUCAUCUGCUCCUCUUCGAGCACUCCAGAGUUGUGUCAGUGGGUGCAAUCCCAAAGCAAGCCAAACUGGCAGCUCCACAUGCAGUUACUGCAGUAGUGACCCCAUUGUAGUGACCUUUAACCCACACCGAGGGAAUCCUCCCAACAUGGGGCGUAAUAUUGGUGCACAUACCAUGGGAGGAUACCAGCCUGAUGAUGAUGAUUACAGUGUACGCACAAUCUGGCCGGAGGAGCUAGCAAAGAAGAUGACCCGCUCUAAAACCCAACCUAUCCAUCAUAAUGCAGGUAUUGGAAUGGGCUCAGGGAGAAGCUGCAUGGGCCACAACCAGAACAGUGGUAAUGGCAGCAAUCCUGUAAUCCUGGACUGUCGAAACCUUAUGGAGUUCACUCGUUCCCAGUUGACAGAUCAGGCAGGACGACGGAGGCUCCAGCAAGGCAAGAUGGCAGUUUUGGACUUUAUCGGAUCAGGGAAUAGUGGGGACCAGGGUAGAGAUUCCCUCAAGCGGCUUUGGAACAAAGGAGCAGAUGCUUGCAUGGGGGAUGGCAAUGGGUUUGAUGAUGAAGUGCUUCCACAAUCUCCAUCCCUCCGCUCUCCAUCUCCAGAUUCUCCUCCAUCAUUCUCACCCCCACCCUCUGCUCCUAGCACGCUUAUUAAGCCCAAACCCAAACAGCGAGAGAGGGAGGGUGGACAUACCUUACCCUCCGCACAGUCACUCCACUUGGUCCUCAACUCACUCAACCGGGAACAAGAUGAGGAAAAUGGACGAGUGCACCUUUCCCUCCCUCUUUCCUCAUCCCUCCCAGCGUCACUCUCUGAGGAGAGUGUCAUGACCCCAGAUGUGGAAAAUGCUGUGAUCAGCCCGAUCCUCCCUUUCCUUUUCCUCGGCAAUGAGAGAGAUGCACAGGAUUUGGAUCUACUGCUUCGUCUCAACAUUGGUUUUGUGGUCAAUGUCACAACCCAUCUUCCCCUCUACCACCUGGACACAGGCUUGGUGCGUUACAAAAGGCUCCCUGCCACUGACAACAGCAAACAGAACCUGCGACAGUAUUUUGAAGAGGUUUUUGAGUUUAUCGAGGAAGCUCACCAGUGUGGACGGGGCGUUCUUGUGCACUGCCAAGCAGGUGUGUCCCGCUCAGCUACUAUAGUCAUUGCUUACCUGAUGAAGCACACCCUCAUGACCAUGACUGAUGCCUAUAAGUAUGUACGCGGACGGCGGCCAAUAGUCUCCCCCAACCUCAACUUCAUGGGCCAGCUGCUAGAGUUUGAGAGAGACCUCAACUCUGGGGUAACUCCUCGCAUCCUCACCCCUAAACUGAGUGGCCUGGAAACACAAGUUUAAAAGAUUGGCAAAGAAAGAAGAUUGUGAGAAAACGAGAGGAGAGAAGGAGAUAAACAGAAGCGGAAAUUGAUGGGAAGAAAUGGAUGGAUAAAAAACGAGGGUAAGAAUAAAGCCGUUUAAUGAUAACAAGCAGUUGAGGAUUUGAAGAGAGAUGACAGAAAUAACUAGAAGAUGAAAGCAGUCCGAAAGAAAUAGAGGAAAUAGUCUUGGUCUAUUUUAAUUAAAGUAUCUCCACGCUUUCUGUUUCAUAUAAAUAGCACUUAUUUGACAGUUGGCAAAUGGAUAUUUGUGCUACCCAUCCUGAUACUCUAUUAAUUAUGUGCCAAGUUUUAAUUCAGAAUAAUAACUAAAUUCACUUAACUUGUUACUGUAUUACUAUUAUCAAACUCGGCUAAAUACAAACUCUGUAUGAAAGUAUUUGGGGGGAAACAAAUGCAAUCAAAGAACACUCUGGCUGUCAAGCGCAGAAAAAGAUCCGAUGUGUUGAGACUCUCAGAACUGUGACGAAUGCAUCACAUUCGAGACCCAAGAGCUGUAGCAAACUUCAAACUCCUUUUCCACUGUGCACAGAACUUUUCUAGACAGAUUAUUUUUGAUUUGGGAGAUCAUUUGAAGGCACUUUUUGGGUUACUUUGUGUUAGCUGCCAACUAUUUAUAAAUUUGUCCACUGACAUGAAGAUUCAUUUUGCCUUUUGAAAUUUUUUUGAUACUGCUAUUUUUGUUACUUGAUUUGACAUCUUGCAUUCUUUAUCUUAGUGUCUUUGUGUGGGAGGUGUGCAAUAGCGUUGAUGUGGAAGUUGGACUGAUUUGCGUUUUUUUUUUCACUUUUUCACAGUGUUUCAGUGUAAUCCAAAAAUCAUAUAUUUCUUUUUUUUAUAUUUGCAUAUAAUAUUGAACAGAGGGCAAUUUGUAUAAAGCACUGUGUAAUGACAAAGGUGUUAAAAGGAAAAGAUUAUAGACUAUACAAUAGUUUUUUUAUUUUAUUUUAUUUUUUAUUCAGCUAUUUGUUUUACUUUGAGCAGGCAGUGCAAUGGCUUAAAUGUACAUUUUUGUGCUUUUUGUAUGUUUUCUUUCUGUGCUGCAAAUGGUGUUAUGACAUUGAGGAGAAAGAUCUUGUGGAAUUGAAUUUUACACUUUUAAUAAGGAAUAUGUACACUGUUUAUUACUGUGCGAAAUUACUGUGACUGGAGCAGAUUGGGCCAAGUCAUCAAGAUGAAUCUCACUCUUUUAGUACAAGUUAAAUUUGCAAUGCAAAACUGCACAUCAAGGUGACAAGUAGAUAUUUAUAGUUUAUGCAAAAUCAGCAUGAAAGUUCCAAGGUGAUACCGUGCAGGUGUAGCUAAAACAUUAAGUUUUUUCCGUCAUUUGCUUUUCUCUCAUAUUCAGUUCACUGCAUGAGAAAAAUGAACACCCUUAUCAACUUUGACGCCUGCCCUAUUUUUAAACAGCCUGCCUAAUUUGACCGUGAUCAGAUUUUAGUGCUCUCAGGACUGUAGGCAAACAGUCUGGUUUUGUAUUACAUACCACAAAGGAAACCAGAGCCCCUUCCUCCAUUUAAAUUCUUCCUUCAUUUUCCUACCGUCCUUUUUCUUUCUGUAUGUUCUCUAAGAGACUAUGCAUUAUUAUAAGAAUACAUUCUGUGAAAAAGACUCGGUUCACUCAGUUCACUGUGAAACAUUCUUCUUCCUGCAUAUUGUCAAGAUCUCAGCCUUGGUCGUUGAAGCCGCCUUUCAUCAGUCUUGACAAGCGAGGAGUUUGUCUGCUGUCUCUGAGCUCUUAUCUGCCUCACUGAGCCACUGGGCCUUCACACACCGCUGCUGUGUCUCCAUUAAUGUGCUCUGCCCAGCAGCGCGUGACAAAGUAUACUAUUUUGCAUUUCAGUUCAAAUACGUUCCAGUUCAAAAAAGCCCUACAGUAAAGACGUGUGAAGGUGUUUUCUUAUGGGUACAAGACCUCAGAAAUGUCCCCAAACUUUAACAUCUAAGAUGGCUGCUUUGGAUGACCAGUUCGGUGCCAUUGCUGUGUUAUUUUAGGGUUAGCUGCUGCUUGUGUUUGUCAUACAGUGACAAGCUGACUGUUUCUUUCUGUCUCUCUCUGCUGACAGUGAUUUUUUUUUUAUGACUCUGUAGCUUGAUUAUGCCCAGAGGAAACGAUUAGGUAAGCAGCACCUAAUAAAUAGGUCUCAGUGAGGUGACAGAGUGCCGAGAAAUCAGACAGUCUCAGUCUGAAAAGCAGGAUUGGGCAAAAUCUGGAAUUCUAAAAAUAUGUGUCCCUUUAGUUCAUGAGUUUGAAUUUGAUUUGAAUUGACCACAUGCCACAGCAUAUUGAAUUGAAAUGACAUGAAGAGGAAUUCAAAGAAAUUCAACACACCCUAGCAUGCCCUCAUGUCUAGAAUCCAUGAAACGUCCCACACAACAUUGUACACUAUUACUCCAUUGCUAAUUACUUAAAUUUAAAUUUGAAUCACAAUUCUCCUUUUUUUUUCUACCUCAAUUCAAUCUCAAUUCAAAUUCAGGAAUUGAAUCGAAAUUUAAAAGGCAUUCUCGGUUCUUUUUACGAAUGCCACACAACCUUGAUAAACAUGGAUGCUGCUGAUUAGCAUUUAAAAUAUGUAUUUUUAAAACUUGAAUUAUUUCUUCUGAUCUGAUUCAGUUUUUUUUUUAAUCCAUCAUUCGCCGUUUCAUUAAAACUGCCAGUUGCCACCCCCCAAGUCUGCAUGAGAAAACGUUCAAAGUGUGUUUUACGAGAAAAUAAAUGCCGGGGAUGCCUUUUGGUACAAUAACCGUCUUCCGAGUCAAUGUAGCACCUAUCAGCGGAAAGAAAUGGAAGCACUUGGAACUUUUGUAAUUUGUUUGGAUUUGUUUUGCUCUGUUAUAUAUCUGUUUGCUGCACAAAAGUGCAUGUGUGUGGAUGCAAUGCGAUUUCUGUGUGCUCGAAAUGUUGAGACGAGAGUAAUGUGAGUGAAACUUUCCUACCAUUUUAUCAAGAAUCCCAACCUCAGGCCUGUUAAAUGUCCAUUGGCACAGCUAAAGCUUCUCUGUAAGCUUGCAUCUGUCAAUGCCAUGAGCCACUGCUGUAUGCCUUCUUUACCCUGGAUUUGCUCUUCCAGACAUCGGGGGGAAAUUUACCUCUUUGUGCAUUCAGUCAUACCUUUCACUGUAGAAAAAAUAAAACAUGGCAUAAGCCUACCAGAAUCACCUGGCAACACUGAAUGAAUAGCGCUGGACAUCAUAGACCUGGCGAAUUGCUGUUGGCUGUCUACAUCUCGAGUAUUUCAUUGUAUGAAAGCUGAAUUUGUUUAUAAAAUGUGUGCAAAGCACCGAAACUGGAUACUAUAUAUGACCAGUAUUUCCUGUGUUGAAUAAUCUUAUAUACAGUAUAUGGUUUGCACAUAGAAAUGAACUAAAUGUAAAGUUUUGUGUAGAAUUUGUUUGUAAAUUUGUGAAUUGAUUCUUUCUGUGACUUUAUUCAUGUAUGUAAUGCUUGUUCUUUUUUUAACUAUUAUUAUUAUUAUUAUUAUUAUUAUUAUUUUAUUAUUAUUAUUAUUAUUGUUAUGAUCUCAUUUUUGUGCCAAAUACUGAAAUGAAAGUUGGCUUUGAAGGUUGGCAUCUUAAUACUGACAAAAAAGAAGUGCCCUAUAGGACAGAACAUGUUUGAUCCGCUCCGUUAUCAAUGUUUUACCUUGUUCCCCAGGCAAUAUGUUGUUGUCAUACUCUGUUACUUUAACUUUAUACUUUUACCUGCUGAUUUUCUUACUCACCAACCUGCUAAAUUGCUCAUUGAAGAUGUUUAUAUUUUCAUAUGUUGAUUUGUUUUGUUUAAUCACGGCAAUUUUAUCAGUGACUCUUUGGAUAGAGGUUUAUAGCAAUCCCUCAAGAGUUGUACUUUGAUGUACUUUGAAUGCAUGUUACUCCAAACUGACCUUCCAGUCUUCUCUCCCCUUCCUACUGACUCAGCCGUUCUCCCCUGUGAGAAUUCAGUGCCCACGCUGCUUCAGAGAGAAGACGGACACGGCAGCCUGUGUGGUUUGACCAUAUACUUGUGUGUACUUCGGUUUAUCACUGACAAACGAUGGGGCUUCAUCCUUUUUCCUCUUUAAAACUUUACUGUGAGAGACUGUGAUACUGUUGUGAAGCAAAAAAACGAUUAAAAGUGUUAGGCUGAUCCUUGCCGGUAAUGACUAAAUAACGUACCUCUUUAAAAAAUUUGGCUUGUAAUAGAAUUGUUCAUCAAUAUGAUGUUCUCGCAAAGCUAAAAUGAUUUGUUGAAAUAAACAUUUUUUACAAAUUGA